AUGGCAGUCCCUCCUUGAUCUUGAUGGCCGCUUUCCUUGCUCAUCCAGACUAUCUUUCGUCCAUGAAUGAUACCCGGUGUGACCAGGAACAAACAACUCCCAUCAAGAGCUCGCAUGGGUGCAUCCACUACUGUGUACCAGAUUCCAGCAAGCUUGCUUGGCUGCAGUACUAGUCUGCAACCCGCUAGCUAACUAACUAACACUAGGUCCAAUACACUCCGAUCUCGCCCUACCGCUACUAGCUAGCUAGAGGCACUCCAACUUGCUAUUAGUUAGAGGAGGAGGGGCGGUGUGUUUGGAAAAUUCCUGAUGCAGAGCUUACUUGCUCGUGAUGGCGUCUUGGUUGGUUUAGCAUGCAAAAAGACUAUUAAGCCGGUGAGGAUGCUAGCUACUGUUGUUGUUGUUGUGUGCACCUCAGCCAAACAGCCAGCCGAUAACCCUAACCGUAAAUAUUGCUGUGACGUGUCGUUGGCACGAACAUCUGGUUGUUUACGCCACGAGAGGGCAAUGAGACACCCCCCAACAGCUGUUGCAGGGCACCACGUGUCCUCCAAAGACACACCACGUUUCCUCAAAGACACACAAUUUAUGAGAAUGCACGAGAUGUUCAUCCUUUCCACAUCUACUAUUAGUAGCGAGAGAAGAGCAACUCCCUCCCAUUGAAAACUGAACGAUGAGUGCUCGAAUGAGAAUGGGAAAGUCAACAGCCGUUUUGGCAUUCGUGUUGGUGGCGACGGCAGUUCAAGUUGUGGAAGGGUUUUCGAGUUCGAGUCCUUCUAGUAUCAAAAGGAUAUCCUCCUCAUUGGAUGCUCUGCCCAAGAAAGGUGCUGAUCUGUCGCAGAGUGACUUGCAUUUCGCGGUCGAGACCAGCGAAGGUCGUCGACGACCGGAUGAUUCUGCACUCUCGGCAGUGGCAGUUAGCGGUGGCAGUGGUAGUAGCGCCCAACAGAUUGUUCUCGUCGACGCCGACGAGGAUUUCAAAAUGGAAUCGCUCUCACUGCCAGGAACUACGGCACAAAAAGCCAUUGACUUCAAAUCCCUUCAAUCCACGCUGACAGCGGCCUUACUGAUUACGGGCAACACGGUUGGAGCCGGGGCUCUGGCCCUGCCCGAAUUGGCCGCCCGACCAGGGUUGGCCCCCUCGACUGGAAUGUUUGUCACCGCCUAUGUGAUCAACUUGCUCUCGGGAUUGAUUUUGGCAGAAGUCGCCAUUAAGCAAUUCGAAGAAACGACCAGCAAUGACACUGGCAAUGACAAUCAAGAGGAGGAUCUUCCCAGUUCGUUUCGGGAAUUUGCAGCAUCGACCAUGGAGGACUCGUUCCCAUUGGCGACCAAUGGCAUUGCCGGUGUAUCACUCUUUGUCAACACUUGUGCUCUGACGUACAGCUUGGGAGUUGCGGGAGUCAUCUUCUCGGAUUGUUUGGCAGGUGCAUCCAUUGAUGCAAACCAUUUGGUUCUCAGUGCCAUCUUUGCAGCUCUACUGGCCGUUAUGGGGGCGACGCAAUCGAGAACCCGUAUCAGUCAAGUCUCUUCGGUGUUUGUGACGGGACUAUUUGUCUCCCUCGCAGGACUGCUACUACCUGGCUUGCCCAAUGUACAAGAUCCAAUGGGAACCUUUUUGGCGCCGGGAACAUCCACAGAUGGUCUUGUCGCUGGCAUGGGCGAGGCAGCGCCCAUCAUGUUGACGACCUUGAUUUUCCAAAACGUGGUUCCGCCCGUGGCAAAGAUUUUGGAGUACGACAGGGUUAAAACCGUGUCGGCAGUCAUGAUCGGAUCAUUUCUUCCAUUGGCAAUCUACUUGGCUUGGUCGUUUGCAGUUCUGGGUGGUGGAGUGGAUGCUGCCGUGGGAAAUGUAGAGUCGCCCUUGACGACGCUCUUUUCCGUCACGGCAGUGACCGGAUCUGCCAUUGGGUGCACCAUGGCAAUCAGUGAAGAACUGCAAGCCUUUGUGGACGACAUGAUCAGCAAUGAUGAUGAUGAUGAUGAUGGUGAUGGUGGCAAGGAUAAACAAACGAGCCAAGAUGAUAACAACAGUGGUUACUCGUGGCCAGCCGUGGUUGCCGCUGUCGUUGUUCCGCUGGGGUGCAGUACUUUAUGCAAUGAGUACGCGGACGCUCUCAAGCUCUCGGGUGGGUAUGGCAUCCCUGUGCUUUAUGGCGCCAUUCCCGUUGCCAUGGCCCUUACACAAAGACAAAAGCUGCAGUCCCAUGCCAAUCUGGUUCCAGGGGGGAUGGCCAGUCUUGGAUUAGUUGGACUUGCUUUUGGUGCAUUCCUUGUCAACUCGAUUGUGACGGAUCUUUCCCACGUUGUUUCAGCAACUGCGUGAGUGUAGGCGUGGAGCCACUCCAUAGCCCAACCAUGGUGAUCGCACAGACUCUUAAACACACAAAACUUGCAAACACAAUUCGAAUCUUUCUGGGGUUUCAGGAGAGUUUGUUUUUAACUAUUGCCUCUUAUGUUAUGACAAAAUGUACGUAAUUAUGUUAAAAGUAGUAUGAUUGCUGUC